AUGGAAUGGAAACGGGAUCGGGCUGAUAAUCCCAACCAAUGGGAUGGGCAGCCGAAUCCCGCCAAACCGCAAUCAACGAUGUUGAACAUUGUUGAUCUGGGUCUUUCUUCACCUCCUCCCUCAACCCUUCGUGACGAAACAGCCCCGAAACACAAAGAAAGAACUCCGUCCAUGUCGAUAACGAACCAACGAAGCCGCCCCUCCCCUCACGACAGGAAUGUGGGCUUGGGCACCUCCCUGCCCAUGUCUGCCUGCUUGCCCACAACCGCCCGCUCACCCGCUCGCCCACUGUCACCCUCUCGACCAGGCAGAGGAUGGCAACGGUGGGACAACAAUAAUGGUGGGCACCACAACGACAACGAUGGGCAGGACGACGACAACGGCGAGGGCAGGGCAACGAUGGCGGCAACGGCAGGAUGA